AUGCUGCCCAAUCGAGUAUCCUCGCUUCUGUUGUUGGUUCUUGCCCUGGCAAGCUGCUUCACCUGCGACGCCUCCGUCGUCAGUGGCACCCCACCAAGUUUUGCUGCGGGCACAACGGGCGGUGGCAACUCCAAACCCGUGUAUCCAACCUCCAUCAAGGAGCUCGCCGCUGCUCUCAGUGACAACCUACCCCGUGUUAUCGUCCUCAAGCAAGGCUUCCGCUUCGCCAACACUGAGGGCUCCAAGACGGAGAAAGGCUGUCGUCAGAAGAACAAUAUCGACUGCCUCGCCAAGAAGAACGGGUUCCUAGGCCAAGACUCGAUCCAGCCGAGCUUCAGUUCAUGUGACGGAACCGCGGUCACUGUGACGUAUGACAAGGCAGCGCUCAACCCGCUCGUCGUCGGCAGCAACAAGACGCUCGUGGGCGAAGGCUCCAAGGGCGUUCUCAACGGCAAGGGCCUUAUGAUCACCGGCAGCAACGUCAUCAUUCAAAACAUCCACAUCACCAACUUAAACCCUCACCUGGUGUGGGGCGGCGACGCUAUCACCAUCCGUGGAGCCGGCAACACUGCGCCCAAGGGCAUUUGGAUCGACCACGUGAAGAUCUCGAGCAUUGGGCGCCAAAUGGUCGUUAUCAACUUCUCGGGAGCCACGGGCGUCACCAUCAGUAACUCGGACUUCGACGGCCGCACCAAGUACUCGACGUCGUGUGACGGCCGUCACUACUGGGGGUUCCUGCUCUUGGGCAAGAAGACGGAGCUGAGCUUGAUCGGCAACUACAUUCACCACACGUCGGGUCGGUCGCCCAAGGUCGGGGGCACCAACGGGGAGACCUCCGUCGUCUACGCCGCCAACAACUACUUCUUCGAGAACUCUGGUCACGCAUUUGACGUGUCAACCGGUGGUUAUGCGCUGGCUGAGGGCAACUAUUUUGGUUCGGUGAAGUUGUCCAGUGGCAACGAUGCGAAGGGCAAUUUCCUGGUCCCUACUGCGCCCGGCGACUGCAGGGCGGCCAUCGGCCGCGACUGCAAGCUCAACGUUCUCGCCAACAGCGGCGCGCUGAAGGGAACCUCGCAAGGCAAAGUGGCUUCAAAGCUCGCAAGUGUCAAGGCGAUGAUUAAGCAGUUCAAGGUGGCGUCGGCUGCCAAGUUGUCGGUGGGGUCCAGAAACUUUGGUGUUGGCGGUCUUGGCAACGACGCUGCUUAA